GCUGGGGGCUUUGUGGGGGAGAGAGAGAGAGUGGAUGAAUCCUGAAAUGUUGUUGCCCUGAAACAGUCAAAUAAGCGACAGCACCUGAGUGCGCCCUCAUUGACCAUGCAGUGGUGUGUUAGAGCCGAGCAGGAGACUGGGAGGGCACAGUCAGUGUGGGGCCAAGCCCAGUGCCAGUCAGUGCUGUCUGACUGAGACUCUCACUCUCUCCCGGAGUCUCCCUGUUCAUUCCGCCUUCAUCUCCUGCCUCCCGUUGUCAUGGUGAGCGAUGUGCUUUCAUCACCGAGAGGAUGCACUAUUUGAGAAUGAAAAAUGUCGAGUUUUUUUUUCCCAUGCCCCUAUUGAAAUGGUCUUUCCCACUUUUUUUUUCUCUCUAAUGUCUGGGCUAUUUUUGUCAUUCGGCUGUAACGUGCCCGGAUUAAAAGGCACCAGCCCCUGACCCAGGCAGCAGCAGCACGGGCCACGCCACUCCGAGCUCUGCCAGCUGCUGCAUUUGAGAGGCGCCUACUCUGAGGGACAGGGCAACGGGCCAGCCUCCGUCCGGGGGUCACAAUGGCCCGGGAAGCCGAGCCCUUCAGCAGGCGGGACCAGCCCUCACCAAGUCCGUGAGCAAGCCCCUUGCGGCUCGGGCUGGCCAGCGGGAAGGAGUCACAUGGAGCUGACCAGGACUACGCUGCUGCUGCUCCUGGUCGCCCAGGUCGGGCUGUGUGCCAGCCUCGGCCCGGGGCUCGGGGGCAGUGGGAGGCCGCCUGCCGAGACAGCAGAAGCGGCCAGCUCCUUCCUGUUCUCCCGGGACCCUGCCACCCUGCUGCGGGUGAACUGCACUAAGCGGCUGGAGAUCCGAGCUGGCAGCAAUGGGCUACCAGGUGCCAGGGUCCAGUCUCUGGUCCAGGGGGCCAUCGACACCUUGGUGCACGCCACCAACUUCCUCAACCUGGUCUUCCAGACCAAUGACCUCCGGGAGUCCAGUGUAAAGGAUGAGAUGGAGUGGUACCAUGCCCUGGUGAGGAGCAUCGUAGAAGCCGAUGCCAACAUUGACAAGGCAAUGCUCAUCCUGGAUGUGCCCACCAUCCCCUCCAAAUCCCAGCUGGUCCUCCAGGCUGCCAAGCGCCAGGACGCGAUCUACCUGCGGGAACUCUCCUCGAUCCCAGGGGAUCCGGAGAACCAGACUGUGGGCAACAAUUGGUUCAGCGCGAUGAAACACGAAAAGACAGCGAAUCUCAACAAGAGGAUCUUAACCAAUGACCUGAGGACACUGGACAGCCCGAAGUGGGGGCUCGGGCACAGCUACCUGACUGACAGAGGCCACAUUCAGUGGUCUAGCCCGUUCUUAGAUUGCGAAGAUUAUCAAUUCAUCCCCAAGUGGAUGAUGAGUUUGUCUUCUUCAUUCUAUGGACUGAAGCCAGAUCUCAGUCCCGAGUUUAAAGGAGUGAUCCGAAUGGAUGUUAGCCUGCAGAGUGUGGAUAUUGACCAGUGCUCGACUGAAGACAGUUGGUUUGCAGAUUCCCAUCAGUGUGACGUAAACAGCACGGAGUGCAUUCCACUCAAAGGACAAGGGUUUCAACUGGGAGCCUAUCAGUGUGUCUGUAAAGAAGGAUAUUACAACCCGAACCUUAUCUCAACCAACAGCUUCAGCAGGCAAGAUGAUAAGCACAUAUCCUACUUCAGUCGCUAUGCUGCUGGGGAGCCCCAGAGACUGUUUCAGUGUCUGCCAUGCAAGGAAGGUUGUGGCUCAUGUGUUAGUGAUGCUCCAUGUCUCACCCAGGUGGAUGGUCAUUUAAGACUUGCUGUCCUUAUCUUCCAAGCUUUAUGCAUGCUAUUGGUAUUCAUCAGUAUGGUCAUAGUCUAUCGCUUCAGAAAAAAUAAGCGAAUCAGAGCAUCAGGAUUGCUCCUGUUGGAGACCAUUCUGGGUGGAUCCAUCCUGCUGUAUUUUCCAGUAUUUAUCCUAUACUUUCAACCUAGUGUUUUCCGAUGUGUUCUUCUGCGUUGGGUGCGAACACUGGGAUUUGCCAUCAUCUAUGGAACAGUAACAUUGAAGAUUUACAGAGUAUUGAAGGUGUUCCUAUCCCGAACUGCCCAGCGGGUACCCUACAUGACAUGCUGCAGGGUACUGAAAAUGUUGGCUGUCAUUGUGCUAAUGGUCUGUUGGUUCCUCAUUGCGUGGACGGUGGCUGCCUGGGAGAACAUGGACAGGAAGAUCCCACUGGUCAUUCAGUCACAAACACCAGAUGGACAGUUCUUUAACAUGUGCCAACUCGAUCGGUGGGACUACAUGAUGGCCAUUGCUGAGUUCCUCUUGCUGUGCUGGGGAAGCUAUCUCUGCUAUGCCGUGCGAACAGUACCAUCCACCUAUCAUGAGCCACGUUUCAUGGGUUUUGCCAUUCACAAUGAAAUCCUGAUGUCUGCUGCCUUCUAUGGUGUCAGGUUCACCAUGGCAACAACUCUUCACCCUGAUUGGAUGUUACUGCUCUUCUUUGCUCACUCUCACCUAACGGUCACAAUGACACUAAUUCUGCUUUUCAUCCCCAAGUUUCUCCAUGUGGGAACUCCCCUGAGGGAGGACAUCGUAGCCGAGGUAUACGAGGAUGAACUUGACAUGCGUUUCUCUGGCUCCUAUCUCAACAGCAGUAUAACGUCUGCCUGGAGUGAUCACAGCCUGGAACCAGAUGAUAUCAGGGAUGAGCUGAAGAAGCUUUAUGCCCAACUGGAAGUACAUAAGACAAAGAAGAUGACAGCCAACAACCCACACCUGCAGAAAAAGAGGAGCUCCCGAAGAGCCCUAGGUCGCUCCAUCAUUAAGCGGAUAACGGAAAUUCCGGAGUCAAUGAGCAGACAGUGCAGCCGUGAUGGAUCCAUAGCAGGCAGCAGCUAUGCGGGCUCCUACAGGAAGAAGCUUCACGAUUCUGCCAGCUCUAGCUUGAAAGUGAGAGAGGACUCCAUAAAACAUCGUGUCUUCUCAAUUCGAAAAUCUCACAGCACCUACGACCACGUGAGGGAGCACCGGGAUGGCCACGUCAGCAGAGCCGAUUCCUCCAGAGACCCUUCCCUGUUGGAUUCACUCAUGAGGAAGAAGCUGGCGAAGAAGGUCUCCGAGAGAUCAGACGGUGACUCGUUAGAUGACGCUCCUUUAGUCUGCAAGUCCGCCAGUGCACACAACCUCACCGUGGAUAUGAGCCCAUUACAUCCCACCAUGGGAGGAACAUUGCAAAAAUCUCUUAGUGUUGUCAGCUGUGCGAGAGGGAAGUCUCUGAUGCUCCCAAAAAAGAAAGAAGAGAACUCAAAUCAGUUGGGAGAGCGAGUUCAAAGGAAGCCAUCAACAAGGCAGACACCAACUAUGUUACAGCCUCCCACAGCUCCAGCACAACCCGGAGAGACAAAUAAAACAUCCGACUCAGCGCAACAAGGAGUCAGUGAGGCCCCUCAAGAGACAACAAAGCCAGCGUUACAAGAUGGUCACAAUAAACCUCUGGUUUGUCCCUGGGACUUUCAGAACCUGCAACCUCCGCCUUCUGAGGUCAAGGUCAACAAACAAAUCACCUACUCACCAAACAAGAGGAACAGUGUUGAUAGCUCACUGGGAAAGCUGCAGGCAAACAGAAGAAUAUUCAUGGAUUUGGUGAGGAAGCAUCGAAGUUUGCAUCAAGAUAGUAUCAGUUGGGAUGGGAAGGAGACAUCAAUCACUCAAUCCCAAACUGCGGACAUGCAACCUGGAGCCAAUACAUCGCCAAGAGUUGGAAAAACAGUCGAACAUUCAAGGAAAGACAGCAUUAAUCCAACCGCCCGUUUUGUGUCACCCAAGGCUGACAAGACACGAUUAUCCUCUGAAAAGAUUGAUCAAGUGAAAACAGAUGCUCCUGUAGGUGAGAGCAAGCGGGAAAAAUAUAUGACACUCAUGAAACAUGCAUCGAGCAAUAGCUCAAUCAUUUGUCCCUGGGACAAUAUCGCAGAUGAUGCAUCAUCAAUGGAUUCUUGUAUAGAUCCGAAGAAGGGAAGGUCUUUGUCAGUCUGUGUUGGCUCUCCAGAGCAGCUUAUGCAUGGCUCCCUGAAAGUAAAGGAUGCAAGUGAUCAAGUGAAGCAUAAUAAAGGUUUUGGACAUUCUUUAAAACUUCUAAUGGCACCAGGGAAAAUGAAGGAUAGCAAGAAAGAGAAGUCAAGGAAAGUAAGUGAGAAAGUCAAGAGCAGUACAGACAAGGAAAAAGAAAAGAAAACAGGAUCAGCGACUUCAUUGGAUAAAUCUACAGCUGCAGCUGAUUGUCCCUGGGAAACAGGAGAGACCAAGAACCAGGAAGAAAAAUCACAGUCAACUGUUAAAUCUGAAGUGGCUGAUGCCUCUCCACUGCGCAAAGUGGAUACAGUGGACAAGCGGCAAAAAUAUAUGACACUCAUGAAACAAGCAUCGAGCAAUAGCUCAAUCAUUUGUCCCUGGGAUAAUAUCGCAGAUGAUGCAUCAUCAAUGGAUUCUACCAUAGAUCCGAAAAAGGGAAGGUCUUUGUCAGUCUGUGUUGGUUCUCCAGAGCAGUUUAUGCAUGGCUCCCUGAAAGUAAAGGAUAUUAAUGAACCACUAAAACAACCCAAAGGUUUUGGACAGUCUUUAAAACUUCUAAUGGCACCAGGGAAAAUGAAGGAUAGCAAGAAAGAGAAGUCAAGGAAAGUAAGUGAGAAAGUCAAGAGCAGUACAGACAAGGAUAAAGAAAAGAAAACAGGAUCAGCGACUUCAUUGGAUAAAUCUUCAGCUGCAGCUGUUUGUCCCUGGGAAACAGGAGAGACCAAGAACCAGGAAGAAAAAUCACAGUCAACUGUUAAAUCUGAAGUGGCUGAUGCCUCUCCACUGCGCAAAGUGGACGCAGGGGAUAAGCGGCAAAAAUAUGUGUCACUGUUAAAACAGGCAUCAACAAGUGCUGCAAUCGUUUGUCCCUGGGAUGUCAUCCUAGAAGAGGCAUCAGGCAAUAAGGCAGAUCAGAAGAAAGGAAGAUCUUUAUCGCUUGGUGCUAAUGUUCCAGCAACAAUUGUGCAUGGCACCUUGAAAACCAACGAUGCAAAUUAUUCAUUGCAGCAAUCUCAACAAUUAGCACUGUCACUCAAAUUUAUGAUGGCACCAGGAAAGAUGUGGGAUAAAGAAAAAGGUGAAGAAAAAUCAAUGUCCAUUGAUAAAUCUAAGAUUGCAGAUAUCUGUCCCUGGGAUACAACUGACACUGGGAACAAAGAGGAAACAUCACUAUCCAUUGAUAAAUCAAAAGUCACAGAUAUCUGUCCCUGGGAUACAUCUGACACUGGGAACAAAGAGGAAACAUCACUAUCCAUUGAUAAAUCUAAGAUUGCAGAUAUCUGUCCCUGGGAUACAGGAAACACAGGGAACAAAGAGGAAACAUCACUAUCCAUUGAUAAAUCAAAAGUCACAGAUAUCUGUCCCUGGGAUACAACUGACACUGGGAACAAAGAGGAAGCAUCACUGUCCAUUGAUAAAUCAAAAGUCACAGAUAUCUGUCCCUGGGAUACAACUGACACUGCGAACAAAGAGGAAACAUCACUAUCUAUUGAUAAAUCAAAAGUCACAGAUAUCUGUCCCUGGGAUAUAGAGAAUGCAGUGGGCAGUGAACAAAAGACAUUGCCUGGUGAUAAGUUGAAGAUUACAGUUAUCUAUCCCUCAAAUACAGAAAAUAAUGGAGGGAAAAAGAAACCAUCACUGUCCUUCGAUAAAUCCAAUGUCUCAGGUAACUGUCUCUGGGAUACUGAAGAUUCUGGGUGCAAUGAGGGAUUAUCGCUGCCCAUUGAUAGAUCUAAAGUUCCAGAUAUUUAUCUUUGGGAGACAGAACCAUCAGCAACAGGAGAAAUCCAAAUGGGUACAAAACCUGAAAAUAAUUUUACUUCAAUUGCUCCUUCUGACAUUGAGGUGACAGCUACAAACCAACAUGAAAAUAAAGAAGCUGAAAAACCAAAAGAUGCCGCAAAAGUUAACAAAUCAAAUGUGAGCUGUCCUGUGCAUUUAGUAUGAGUCAGUUGAGGUGCCAAAGCUAAAGAUGAAGUGACUGUGAUAUUUUUAUGUAAAGCAUUUCCAAGGUAUGGGAUAAAACAAAAUUCAUUGAUGCCAGAUUUCUGAUGUAAAUACAAAGUGUGCUACGUAAUAAACACCUUCUUCCCAAAA